AUGGGGAAUGCGCUUUGCUGUAGUGAAAGAAAUGAUAUAAAUCAAUAAAAAGAAUAAAGUUUUACGUUAGAUGAUGCCAAAAGAAGAAAGCUCAUAGCUGCGAAUUCUCAUUAUAGCAAUUAAAAUAUGCAAGAUGAAGUAAUUUUUGGGUUUUUUAAACAAAUAAAUUUGAUUGGUAUUGAAAAUAUUUUUUUGAAGUACAAAGCGAAUAAUAAUUUUAAAGCCAUUUCAUAGAAUGAUAUAAAAAUAUUGUUGAUAUUUAAAUAGGAUGGAAGAUUAAGCACAUUGAAUCCAACCCCAACUCUUGAAAGCUAGUCUCCAACUCCAAACAGAAUCGAAAACGCAAAUAGAGUAAACAUUCAAGAAACAACAGAGCAAGGAAUAUCAGAUUUUAAGUUAGAAACUCUUCCAACUGAAUAAGCUGAGGUCUUAUUAGAUUGCAAGCAAAUGUAGUCAGAAAAUAGAUUGGAGAUGCUUUAUAUUGAUUUGAGCAAACUCAAAAAUGAUGACACUCCAAUACAUUAAAAUCAUCAUCAAAUAAAUUAGAAUAACUCAUAAGCACUAAAUAGGGUAAGCAGCAGAGUAGACGAUCCAAGCUAUUUAGAGGGAAGUCCUAAUGCUAUUUUAUCAUAUUUUCAAGAUAACAGAAGAUUUUUAAUGCAAAGAAGCUCAGAUGAAUUUUAGUUCAAUAAUAAAGAAUAUGUUCUGCUAGGUUCAUAUCAAAGAGAUGGAUAUGAAGUUAAUUAAUAUUAUAGCUUGCAAACAAAUAGUGUAAUCAUAUAAAAGAAAUUUAAGUAAAUCAACAAUUUGCAUAAUGAGGUUGACUCAAGUAAGAGCUUUAAGUGUUGCAAGAAUCUUAAAGUUUUUAUUUCAAAUCUGUUAAGUGUCAAUGAAAAAGAUUUAACCAUAUUUUACGAAAUGGGUAACUUUAGAUUGAAGGAUCUUAUUACUUUAAAUUUGCUCACAGAGAUUUAAAUUAUGAAGAUGGCUUUGAAUUUGGUUUAAUUCGUGCUUCUUUCUCACAGCAACUAAGUUUGCUUGAGGGAAAUUGAUUUAGACUAAAUUAGUCUUUCUCUAAGCAGCAGUUAAUCAGCAUCUGGAGCUUAUUUACAUAAAUACUUUGUGCAACUUAACAACUUCAUAGAUCCACAAGAUAAAUUUAAUUUUAUAUGGUAAAACCAAAUUCAAAAAGUGAGUGACAUCUUUUGUGGAUAUAGCAAUACAAAUAAAUUCGUUUAAUCUAAUAACUUAAUUAAGUUCUUAAAGUAGGUUAAUGACCAAACAAAUAUGUUAGAUUUCUUGAAUCACUUAAGAUAAAAUUACGAAGAUUUAAUGAAAGAUACUCUUGUUGAUAUUUCUGAAGACUAAGUUGACACUCUAAAUACCUUUUAUUUAACAGAACAAGACCUAUAAACAAACAUCUAAUUCUAUUUUAAAUUGUUUGAAAAUGGAACUACUUAUUUGAAUAAUGAAUAAUUAUAAAUAGUAGUCAAUAAACUAAACAAUUAUAUCUAUGAAAACUUCAAAGAUAAAUAAAAAUAUUAAUAUGUUGACCAUUGCCUUUCUCUAUUCGAAUAGCAGUGUGAAGACGAACAAUUACAUGAACUUGAAAUCAUUUAUAGAAUUUAUCAUACUUUUCUUUGUUUCCGUAAUUUAAAUACCAAAUAAUCUUUAAAGUAACUCUAAUUGGCUUUGAAAACUUGUAAAAACCCUGAUGUGAUUUUGUUAUACUAAUCUUUAAUUUAUGCUUUAUUAAGUCUUUCAUACAUUCAAGAAAAAGAUCUAAGUUAAGCCAAAAUUCUUUUUGUCAACUCAAAUAGAAUUUACUAAGCUCAUCAUAAAAACACCUACCAUUUCCCAAGAAAUAAUUACUAUUAAAUAUUAGUUUUUGCUUAAAGUUUGAUAACUUAUAAACUAGGCUACUUUGAGACUAGUAUUAAAAGAUUGGAUUACUUAGAAAAAUUUUAAGCCAAAGGAAAAUUACUUAUUGACUUUAAAUACAUCUGGUUUAUGAAAGGAUUGAAUAAAAUGGAAUUAGAUUCCUAUCAAGAAGCAGAGGAAUACUUUGAAAAGACUUUAAACAGAGUUACAAAUGAAGAAACCAGAAUCGCCAGCAUGUCAGAUUUCUCCUAAGCUGAUGAUUCUAAUUCAACAAUUGACAAAAAUAUUUUUGAUAUCUUAAUAAUGAACAUAUUAGCCAACUCAUUUAAUAAAAGCAACGAAAAGUUAGAAUAAAACAUCGACUCUUACUAAAAUUAUAACAGCGAUUACGCUAAUGAUAAUAAAGAUGUAUUUUAAAUUUUAAAUAAAAUAUUGACUGUAAUAUUAUGA